CUUAUGUGUUUAAUCACAAAUAGACUGUAAAGAAAGGCUAGUAAAAGCCAUGCAAGGACUUUGCAAAAGCCUGUUCCUUUGCAAAAGCACUUUCCUUUGCAAAGCCUGUUCACUUUCAUCAGCACCUUGGACAGUGCAAAACAAAGAUGCAUAGGACAAGUAGUCCACAGUUUGAGAUGGCAGAAUAAAAUUAAAAGCACCCUACAGGAAAAACACCCUAGUUUGGGAGGUAGUUUUGGAAACGGGAAACGAUUUUAAUCUAAGCAAUGCAAUAAAGAGACCUCAACCUAAAAGGCCCAUAUCUCAAAGGCGCCCUGAAUACCUUUGGACAAAUUACUAUUAGUUCUUUAUCUAUAAAAUGUGAACAUCAAUAAGCUAAUUCACAGAAUUGUGGUAAUAGUGGUAAGAUGGCUCUUUUCUUCAAAAAGCUCUAUAAACUUUAAUACAAAUAACAGCAACAGGCAUGAUAUAGUCAAAAUCAAGCACAUGCUUGUCAAGCACAUAAUUAAUAGGACACAAUUAUAAGUAUUUGUCUCUGACUGGAUAAUACACAACCAUUUUUACCAUAAAAUAUUUAUAUUUGUAAGACAUGUCCAUUAGUGAUGAAAAUGCACUUUAAUUACCAAUCUGGGGGCAAACAAACCCUGAAGUAGUGGAAGCGAGACUCAGGAGCAAACCUCUAGAAUUUUAGUGCACUUUUAAAUUAAAACACUGUUUGAUGGAUAUAAACUGGGUUGUUGGGUUUUUCCACACAAAAUACUGUAAAUAAGAAUCUAACAUCUUUCUAGUAGGCUACAUAUUCCGCUCAGUUAAGUGAUCUAACAACAUUAGUUGUAUAUAAGUUGUUAUUGAGGUGCAUAUUUGCAUUCCCCAAUAAUUUCAUUUAUUGCAAAUUGUAAAUAAUUCAGCCUCACCCAACUGGUUCAGACUGUAUAUUUGUUAUUCCAAGUCUAUGAUGUGGGAGGCAGGGAAGUGUCAUGGAGUGGAAAGGAAUAUGGAGAAAACAGUGGAACUGGUGGAAGGAGAUGUAAUUUUUACCCUAGAGAACAAAGACAAACUCUUUCUACUUGCAGUUUAGAAAUUCAGCAUAGUUGUUUACAGCAUUAGGUGCUCCAAGGGAAACUCAAGAGAGCCAUCUGCUGUCUUAAAUCUGUGAUAAAAUAUAUGCACUUCAAGCCAGAACAAGGGUUUUGAUAGGAGAUGGUUUUUCAGAAUGUGGUUACAUUGAUUGCUUAUGUGACAAACAACUAGAUAUGAGUAUUGAUUUAGGGUAAGUGGCAGGCACGCUGUAUUAAAAAACUCAUUGAUUGCUGAUUAAAUACAAUCUAUAAGUAACAUGAGACUUUAAGGGGGGAAUUGUUUAGAUUUUUAAGAUUAACUAUUGUCCUACCAGUUUAUUCCCUUGUGUUAUCCAAAUAUAUGGCUCUAACUCCAAAUUAAUAUUCCAGCACACAACACACACCACCUCCUCUCCUCCUUUCUUCUUCUCCCCUUCCUCUGUUUCUCUGCUUCUUUACCUACCUGGUCUACUGUUUUUGUUUCACAGGCACCCCCAUAUGUCUUCUCCAUCAAGAAUGCACAAGUCCUCAUGUUUCUAGACUUGUGUGAGACAUUAAUCACAUUAUCAUAGGUCUUAUUUCAUUCAGAUUUUUGAUUCUUCCAAUUGCCCUUUUCUCAAUUGCCUUCUCAUCUCACUAUUUAUUCUUUCCUUCUAUAAUUCUGGCCUAGUUCUGAUGUGGGAAAACUUCAGACGGCACAUGCGGGCUCAUAUGACUGAAUGUUCUUCCAUUUAAAAAAAUCCCCGCACACAGAAAACUGGCAAGUUAAGAAGGUAGGCUAGAAGGUAGGCUAGAAUCAAGAAACCAGACUAAUAUUGGGAUCCGGGUUUUGUUUUGUUACAGAACAUAUAUCCCUUCUACUAGUGGAAUUUAUAUUCCUCUACAGAAAAAUAUUGAUCUCUUCUGGCAGAAGUAUAAAGGAAGGUAGGAAGUGAUCUCUUCUGGCAGAAGCAUAACGGAAGCAUAAUGGAACUUGAUCUCUUCUGGGAGAAGCAUAAAGGAAGAAACUUCCCAAAUUUAUCCUAAAGCAAAAUUCAAGGCAGAUAUAGAGACUCCUACUCAGCUGAAACAUUUGCAGUUAAGAACUACCCACACCUACUGGUGCAAUGACAACAGGAAGUGGAGGGAUAAGACCUUCAAAGACUGAAUCAAGAUUCAAAUGAUCCUAACAGACUUGAACAUGGUACCAAAAUCAAUAAGAUGAAGUUCAACAACAAAAAGCAACAAGUCCUGCAUUUAGAUUCCUUUUGUCCUUAAGAGCUGCACGAGAUGCAGAAACUCAGCAAUUUUGCCAGAAUGGAGGUGCAGUGAUGAGGAGCCCAGAAAAGAAAAGACAAGAAAGAACGGGCUGUAAAAUACAACAGCGCACAAGAAAAAAAUAUAAGAACAAUAUUCAACAGCAAUUUUUUCACCUUGCGGUUGUCACACACUCAACUUCUGUGGAAAUGCUGCUGCUGAAUGCAUACCUGAAGCAAUAACCUUUUCCAGAACAAUUCAGACUGUGUACCACCUGUUGAGUUCCAGUCCUAAGCGGUGGGAAUUACUACAAAACCCUGUUGGUUGUUCUCUUCAUGGUAGGUCUGAAACAAGAUGGUCAGAUCGUGCUGAAUGUGCCAAGCAGCUCACUUGCCUGGCAUUAAAUUGGCACUGGAAGACCUCCUAAAACUAAAUUUGAUGGCCAAAACAGGAAAUGAAGUCCAUGGAGUUUUAUUAUAUGUGACAUCUUUUGCCCGUGUGCUAAUGUCAGCUGUGUGGUACAAAAUAUUAGCUGGCAUAGAUAUUUGCAACAAGGUCAUCCAAGCUAGAGAUGCCAUACUGGAUGUUGAAGUAGCAAACAUAGAAACUCUCCUCACAGAUCUGACAAAACUUCGAAACAACUGGAAAUGCAUGUGGAAUGAAGCCAAAUUGGUUGUGUCAAACCUAAAGAUAGAAAUAAAACUCUCCCGUAGAUGUGGUGGAGUUAGGCGCAAGAGGGCAAGGCCGCAUGAUGACAGCACACCUGAUGCUAACUUGGAGGAAAUGAAUGACACAGAUGACACACCAGAAGAGGCCUACUUCAGAAAGUGUGUUCUUUACGUUUUGGUAGACAAUGUUAUAGCAGGAUUAACUGUUCGCUUCAAUGCUGUUAAGCAGUUGGCAGAAAAAUUUGAUUUCUUGUGGAAAUAUCUCACCAUGUCUGAAAGUGAUGUAAAGAGAAAGACUUUAUCUUUAUCAGAGCAAUAUCCUGCUCACCUUAACGGUGAUGAAUUUGGAAAAGAAAUGCAACUUUUACCCUCAGUACAUAAAGCAAAUUUUGUAAAUGCACCGUUAAAGCCAUUAGAUCUGUUGAACUUGUUAACAGAGUACAGACUUGGUGACCUGUUUCCAAAUGUUUGUGUUAGCUUAAGAAUACUAUUAACAAUUCCAGCAACAGUAGCUUCUGCAGAGAGGUCAUUUAGCAAACUCAAGCUGAUUAAGAAUUAUUUAAGGUCUACAAUGUCUGAGGAACGUCUUGUGGAUUUGGCCAGGCUAAGUAUUGAAUCAAACAUUGCCAUAACAAUUAAUUUUCAUGCUGUCUGUGAUUUGAAAUUUUUCACACAAAAAAGGCCAGGAAAGCUCUUUUUAAUAAGUCAAUACUAAGCCUAUCUACCUUUUAAAAAAAAAAUGAAUAUUUUUACUAAUAAUUAGGUCUUCUGAUGAUCUGAUCUGCAUUGCAAUAUAAAAGGAUGUUUCAAUGUGAAUUCUUUCUCCUUAUCUGUAUUG